GGCACUGUUUACAGUUGCUAGACGCUGAAUGGCCUCUUUUUUUUUCUUUCUUUUCUUCUGCUUUUAUUCCUGCUGUGGUACAGUACUUGGAGAGGCAACCUAAAAGGUCCCACCCCCGAAUUUUUCUGUGCUUUAGUGACCAAGGCCAUUACUGGUUUUUUUGCACUUAUAUCCAAUCCCCCGUAAACAUCCACAUUGAGUUUUCCUCGUCCCUCUCCCUUCUUUCUUCUCUUCUUGAGAUAGAUCAUCUCUUCCCCCGCCGACAUCUUGAUCCGGCUGUCGCAACUAUUGUGACUUGCAUGACUGGGCCUCACUAGAGCCAUAUUGCCAGCUUCCCAUUACCUAACCUAGUCCUACUAGGAAUCACCACCUCGACUACCUGAUCAAAUACCACUCCAACCUUUUUUCAAAUUCCUUCUCUUUAUCCCUCUUCUCACAUCGCCAUCAUGUCUUUCAGUGGACGCAAAUUCUCUAUCAACCGCCAUACUGGCGCCCCCAAGACCCUCACUCGUCGUUUCAGUACGACCGAGCCUUCGAUGAACGGUAAGCGCCUUUUGUCUCUCCUUUGUAUGUGGCGUUUCUCGCCCAACUGCACUCUCAAGACGGCUUUAUAUGUCUUCAGCUUGAAGAUUAUACUUUAAGCUCUCCAGUGCCAUAUUGUCUAGCUUCAUGAGCUAUUUGCAACCAUCAAAGAACACCGAAACCUCAUCUACUCUCCUCACCGUUUUCUUACCUCCCCUCACCGUCCCGCCUUUUCACUCUCACUACCGGCGCCACUGGCGCGUUACUUUCCCCUCUCUGUUCCUAAUAAUCCCUGUCAUUCUGCCCCUCCAUGAACUGAACCCCUCCAAAUCCGUCUUAGAUGAGCUACACAGGAGCUUGGCUGCAGCUGCAGCUCUGCCCCACAACGUCAUAAUUCAACUCUCCAACAUGGUAGAGAGAUUGUAUCAAAAUAAACAGUACCCAAUCUCAUUAUACUAAUUCAAUAUCUUGUUAGAAUUCCAAUCCAAGGUUCAUCGUCAGUUCCGAAGUGCCCAUGAAGGUCAUAUGCCCCACGCUGGUCUCGAUGCCAGCCGAUCAUCAACCGGUGUUAUCUGGUGUACAGAGCGAGCUUCCGAGUAUGGCUAUCUCGAGAACCCUGAUGCGUGGGCCAAUCUUGGUCAGGGUGCUCCUGAAGUUGAGGACGAUAUCGAAGGCUGCUUCCCCAGACCUGAAACCAUUAACAUCUCAAUGGCUGGUCGAGAGUACGGUCCUACAGCUGGUAUCAAGCCCUUGAGAGAGGCUGUUGCUAAACUGUACAACGAGGCUCAUCGUCAGGGAAAGGAGAGUCAGUAUACUUGGGAAAACGUUGCUAUCGUCCCUGGUGGUCGCGCGGGUCUCAUCCGUAUCGCUGCCGUUCUCGGCAACUCAUACCUGUCUUUCUUCUUACCCGACUACACGGCUUACAAUGAGAUGUUGAGUCUUUUCAAGAACUUUGCCGCCAUUCCCGUCCCUCUGGCUGAAGAGGACGGCUACCACAUUCACCCUGACAAGAUUGCCGAGGAAAUUGCCCGUGGUACCUCUGUCAUUCUUACCUCGAACCCUCGCAACCCUACUGGCCGUGUUAUCGCCAACCCGGAGCUUGCGGAGAUCCAGGACAUUUGCCGAGACAGAGCCACAUUCAUCAGCGACGAGUUCUACUCGGGAUACAAUUACACAUCCAAUUGCGAUGGCUCGACAAUAUCAGCGGCAGAGAACGUGGAUGACGUCGACGAAGAUGAUGUUCUGAUCAUUGAUGGUCUCACCAAGCGCUUUCGUCUGCCCGGUUGGAGAAUUGCUUGGAUCCUGGGACCCAAGGAAUAUAUCAAUGCCAUCGGUUCAUGCGGAUCUUACCUCGAUGGUGGUGCCUGCCAUCCUUUCCAGGAAGCUGCUAUUCCCAUGCUUGAGCCCAGUGUGGUCAAGAAUGAGAUGAUUCACCUCCAGUCUCACUUCAGAGACAAGCGUGACUUCGUCGUUCGACGUCUCCGUGAGAUGGGUUUCAUCAUCAAGUAUGUCCCUGACUCGACCUUCUACCUCUGGCUCAACCUUGAAGGUCUUCCCGAGUCCAUCUCAGAUGGUCUCAACUUCUUCCAGGCUUGUCUUGAAGAGAAGGUCAUUGUGGUGCCCGGUAUCUUCUUCGAUCUUAACCCUUCGCGCCGUCGUGAUCUAUUCGACUCCCCUUGCCAUCACUUCGUGCGACUUUCUUACGGUCCCCGCAUGGAUGUUCUCAAGAUGGGAAUGGACGCCAUUGAACGUGUUGUUCAGAAGCACCGAAAGCUCAACUAAGCCGUCUCUUAAAACAACCAAGACCUAUGCUUGCUUGAAAGUUUGACUCAACCACAUGAGUUAUGUGUUAUUUUAUUGCCUGAGCCGGGUUGUUGACGAGCUUUGCGCUUUGACAAUUUUGAGACACCUCAGAGUAUUAUCUCACAGAGACAGCAGAUAUGUUGUCACAACUGUUAUGCAUGGCAAAUGCACGCAGUUUGACAAUAAGUUAAGCUGAGGUUCACACAAGAAUUAGUAUUGAAAGAGAUCAUCCCUGUCAUAGAUGGAGGGGUCUGCUAGAUCGUCUCAGACAGUUGUAUCCAUCGUUAUUUUUCCUAAUGAAUCGUCCUCGUCUCGAGUUCUUUCAUAUUACUUGAAAAUCACAAUUAGUCCUCUGUCACUUGAUCAUGGUCUGACUAAAUACCCUCUAUCAGUCACACCCUUUUGGCAAGUUACCCCACGCUGAGCAUAAAGACGACACACAUGAACUCUAGACCGCCGCAUCUAUGCAGAUGCAUUUAUCACGCCUUAUUCCGCCCUCAAGUCCCCUCAUCCAGCUCAUAUCGCCAUCGCCCCUGCUCCCGCUCGGAUGAGACCCUGAAUUAGCCUUUCAAAGGUGAUAAUCCUAUCAGAAGUUCAGGUGAUGGCGACAUUGCACUGAGGCGUAGAUCUACCCGCUCAUCUCGCUCAAAAGUCCCGAUCUCUUUAUAAAACAAGCAAAAAUGGCCGAAAGGACGAUACCCGUUGUGGAUAAUUCUUGAUGUGAGGUCGAGUCCCCCACUGUA